AUGAUCCCAUUUACCUUAAUUUUCUUCACUCUGUUUUCUGCUCUGUUUUCCUCUGUUUUUUCAUCAUCCUUGCUUACUGAUUUUCAUGCUUUAGUCAAUCUUAAACAAGGUUUUAAAUUCUCAAACCAAGUUCUGAACUCAUGGGAAGGUUCAAAUUUCACUGCAGUUUGUUCUUGGGGUGGAAUUCAAUGCCGCGAGAAUCGAGUCGUCUCCGUCGAGUUAACAGAUUUGAAUCUGUUUGGCUCUGUUUCACCUGCAAUCUCAUCACUUGAUAAACUCACACACCUUUCUCUAGCGGGAAACAACUUCACCGGAAUUAUUGACCUCACAAACUUAACCAGUCUUCAGUUUCUAAACAUCUCCAACAAUAAUUUCAGUGGCAACAUGAAUUGGAACUUCUCCACCAUGCAAAACCUACAAGUUGUUGAUGUCUAUAACAACAAUUUCACUUCAUUGCUUCCUUUAGGACUUGUUACCUUGAAACAAACCCUCAAACACUUGGAUCUUGGUGGUAACUUUUUCUUCGGCGAAAUCCCGAAAAGAUUCGGAGAAUUUGCUUCUCUUGAGUAUCUUUCACUAGCUGGAAAUGACAUCACAGGAAAAAUCCCUGGUGAGUUGGGAAAUCUAAGCAACCUGAGAGAAAUUUACUUGGGCUAUUACAAUUCCUUUGAAGGUGGAAUUCCGAAAGAGUUUCGAACUUUAACAAAUCUUGUUCAUAUGGAUCUUUCAAGCUGUGAUUUAGAUGGUUCAAUCCCAAAAGAGUUAGGUGAAUUGAAGAAACUUAACACACUUUACUUGCAUAUAAACCAGCUUUCAGGUUCAUUACCAAAACAUCUUGGUAACUUAACAAACCUUCUCUACCUCGAUCUUUCGAGCAAUGCGCUCACCGGUGAAAUUCCGUUUGAGUUCGUGAAUCUCAGAAAUCUUAAGCUGUUUAAUCUUUUCUUGAACAGGUUACAUGGUUCUAUCCCGGAUUACAUUGCGGAUUUUCCUGAUUUAGAAACACUUGGUUUAUGGAUGAACAAUUUCACUGGUGAAAUUCCAUAUAAACUUGGUCUCAAUGGGAAGAUUCAAGUGCUUGAUUUGUCUUCCAACAAACUCACCGGUGUUAUUCCGCCGCAUCUUUGUUCUUCAAACCAGCUCAAGAUUUUGAUUCUUCUUAACAAUUUUCUCUUUGGUCCUAUACCAGAAGGUUUAGGAACAUGUUAUAGUCUCACUAGAGUGAGAUUAGGAGAGAAUUACCUUAAUGGUAGUAUUCCGAAUGGUUUUCUUUAUCUUCCUAAGCUAAAUUUAGCUGAGUUGAAGAACAAUUACUUGUCAGGAACAUUGUUAGAAAAUGGUAACGGUUCGUCUUCUUCGUCUUUGUUUUCUCAAUCUCAAUCUCAGCCUGUUUGUUUACAACAGCUUGAUUUGUCGAACAAUGCUUUGUCUGGUCCUUUACCGCAUUCGCUCUCGAAUUUCACUUCACUUCAAAUACUUUUGCUUAGUGGAAACCACUUUUCGGGUCCGAUUCCGAGUUCUAUUGGAGGACUUAACCAAGUGUUGAAACUUGACCUUAGUAGAAACUUGUUAUCGGGUGAAAUUCCGUCCGAAAUCGGAAACUGUGGUCAUCUUACCUACCUUGACAUGAGCCAGAACAAUCUUUCUGGCUCGAUUCCUCAAUCGUUUUCGAACAUUCGUAUUUUGAAUUACUUGAACUUGUCUAGAAACCAUUUGAACCAAACCAUACCAAAGUCAAUAGGAACAUUGAAAAGCCUCACAGUUGCUGAUUUCUCCUUCAAUGAAUUCUCCGGUAGAUUGCCCGAAUCGGGCCAAUUUUCGUUCUUUAAUGCGUCUGCGUUUGCAGGGAAUCCUAAACUAUGUGGUUCUCUAUUGAACAAUCCGUGUAAAUUAACAGGAAUGAAAUCCACGCCAGGAAAAAAAACCAAUGCAGAUUUCAAGCUGAUAUUCGCGCUCGGCCUAUUGAUGUGUUCGUUAGUCUUUGUUAUCGCGGCCAUUAUAAAAGCCAAGUCAUUCAAAAAGAAUGGUCCUGGUUCUUGGAAGAUGACUGCUUUCAAAAAGCUCGAGUUCACCGUUUCAGACAUCCUCGAAUGCGUGAAAGACGGUAACGUGAUCGGAAGAGGAGGAGCAGGCAUAGUUUAUCACGGAAAAAUGCCAAAUGGUGUGGAAAUAGCAGUAAAAAAACUACUUGGGUUCGGUGCGAAUAGCCAUGAUCAUGGUUUUAAAGCUGAAAUUCAAACACUUGGAAACAUAAGACACAGAAACAUAGUGAGGCUACUUGCAUUCUGUUCAAACAAAGAAACAAAUCUUCUUGUGUAUGAAUACAUGAGAAAUGGAAGCUUAGGUGAAGCAUUGCAUGGAAAAAAAGGCGCAUUCUUGAGUUGGAACUUUCGGUACAAAAUAUCUAUUGAUUCUGCUAAAGGACUAUGCUAUCUUCACCAUGAUUGUUCUCCAUUGAUCCUACACAGAGAUGUGAAAUCUAACAACAUUUUGUUGAGUUCGAAUUUCGAAGCACACGUGGCUGAUUUCGGGCUAGCAAAAUUUUUGGUUGAUGGUGCUGCAUCAGAAUGCAUGUCUUCAAUUGCAGGAUCAUAUGGUUACAUUGCACCAGAAUAUGCUUAUACAUUAAGAGUGGAUGAAAAAAGCGAUGUCUAUAGUUUCGGAGUAGUUCUACUAGAACUUCUAACUGGUAAAAAACCAGUUGGCGAUUUCGGAGAAGGUGUAGAUCUUGUACAAUGGUGCAAAAAAGCAACAAGUGGAAGAAGAGAACAAGUGAUCAACAUAAUAGAUUCAAGACUCAUGGUUGUGCCAAAAGAAGAAGCCAUGCACAUGUUCUUCAUUGCAAUGUUAUGUUUAGAAGAAAACAGUGUUCAAAGACCAACUAUGAGAGAAGUUGUUCAGAUGCUUUCUGAAUUUCCAAGACAAUCACAUCAACAAGAUCAACAAUCUUCUUCAUGUUCUUCAUCUUCUAGUAUUAAUCCACCAAGCAAAAAGUUAAUUCAGAAUCAUAAAUUACCUUGUUCUCCUACUUUUAAACAUGAUCUUUUGGUUUAA